UAAGUUGUCGCUUUCGUUUUACUGCUUUUCGACAUGAGCUUUCUCUUAAGAAUAGCAGAAGCCCCAAGUAUUCAGGUGCCCUCAGGUUAUGAUGAGGAGUUUGUUUGUAAGGUUGAAGAAGAUUUAGAGUGUUCAAUAUGUCAUCAGCCGCUGAAGGAGCCUGUUUUGACAAGAUGUGGCCACAGAUUUUGCAAAGAAUGCAUCGAGGAACAUUUUAGAAGACAGAAGAGCCGCAAAACAUCUAUUAAUUGCCCUAAAGACAGGCAGAAAUUGGAUACAGACAAGGAUGUCUUCCCAGACAAAGCAACAGAACGGAAGAUACUUUCUUUGACCAUCAGAUGUCCAAAUUACAGAUGUGACCCUUCUGGAUGUAACUGGACUGGCGAAUUGGGAGAGAAGGAGACUCACCUAAAAACAUGUCAGUGGAAAUUGAUCCCUUGCACAAAUGCAAAGUGUCAAGUUCAAGUCAGGAAGAUGAAUCUCAAUGGCCAUUUGAGGAACAUCUGUCAGUGGAGAAUUAUAAAGUGUGUACACUGCAAUAGGUCAUACCCAAAAUGUGAGGUGAAGAAUCAUUUUGAUCAAUGUCCAAAGUUUCAACUACCUUGCCCCAACAAGUGUGGCCAGUCUAUUCCUAGAGAGGCGAUCACCAAUCACACUCAGACUAUUUGUCCGCUAAAAGUAAUUAACUGUCCCUAUCAAUAUCUUGGCUGCAAAAGAAAGAUUUUUCGACGCGAGGUGGACCAUCACCUGGAAAACGACAUCAAAUCACAUCUUGAUUUCGCUUGUGCGAGGUUGAAGAAUACAGAGAAGGAACUAGGUGCUACAAAGAGACUCGUGGAUACGCGUAUGUUUAUUUGGAAGAUUGGCAACUUUAGUCAAGUUUUAAAACAAGCUACAGGUAUGAAUAGACGAAAGGAAUUGUUGAAAAGUGAUCCGUUUUACUCAACAAACACAGAAAGUUAUGGCUACAAGUUACAAGUGAGUGUCUAUCCUAACGGCUGUAAACCUGAUCAUUCGCACCUCUCUGUGUUCAUUACAGUAAAAAGAGGUGAUUAUGACGCCAUAUUACCCUGGCCUUUGAAGAAGAAAGUGACAUUUACUUUGAUUGACCAGCAAGAAGAUCCAAACCAGAAGGAAAACGUAAUUACGGAGUUCCUUACAGGCAAUCAUCCAGAAAUCUUUAAAAGGCCUUUGAUAAAGGAGAGCACAGGAUUGGGCUUUCCUCGAUUCGUAUCUCACAAGAGACUUAAUUCAAGGCGCUACAUCGUGGAUGACACUUUGUUUCUUCAGGUUGAAGUCGGACCUCCAUCCUCUUGAUUCGCUUGUUUAUCUCAAAUCUUAAACUGUCGAGGUUUUGGACAAAUUCCAAAGUGACUUAAAAGGUACUUACAGAGUCGCAAGACUUUAAUUUGGACAAAAACGUUUAUCAAGAAUAUUUACUUAUACAUAUAGGUUUAACAUAUGUACCAUUUAGGUCUGAAAGUAGGUAAUUAACAGGCUACGAAUAACAGCACUGAAUUUGCCGCAUUUCGUUUACGAAGUUCAAGACAAGUCGGUUACAUUUUUACUCAAGGAGAUAGUUAAAUAUAUGUCCCUAAAACAAAACAAUAAAACAAAACAAAACAAAAACAAAACAAAAAAAACAAUAGAAAAAACCCCGAGAUGGCCAUUAAGUAAUAAUACUGUUUUUAUAUUUUUUAGAAACCAAGACCAUUUCUAGGGCUAGUCGCCCUCCUAAGUUUCAUCCUUCUUCAUCUAGGUUUAAUUUGGACACGAAUAUUAAAAAUGAUAAUAAUAGUAAUAAUGAUAAUACUAAUAAUAACGAUAAUAAUAAUAAUAAUAAUAAUAACGAUGACGAUAAUAAUAAUAAUA